GUUUGCUACAGAUCUUUGUAUUUGUAUUUUUUUCUUGUUAACCGUAAUAAACUUUUGUUUUAUGUUUAAUGUGUGUUAAUUUAUGAAACAAAACAAGGUGAUUGAAACCACAAACGCCUGGUCUCCAAUUAAUAAUCAAAUGGCCGCAAAACUGCGGACAAAUCAUGUGCGAACACAGUGGAGCUGCUGGUGGUCUCUCUGCCUGUACCUGUGCCAGUGUGCUGCAGUGUUGCUGCUCAUUUGCGGUGCGUCUGCUGCCCCCUCGCCGGGAUCAGCGCACAUGCGGUGCAAUGCAGACCAAUUCCAGUGCAGAAACGGAGGCUGCAUCUUACAGGCGAAGAUGUGCGACGGACGUAGCGACUGCACAGACAACUCGGAUGAAUUGGAAUGCGACUACAAGCUGUGCCGGGAGCCGCAUUGGUUCCCGUGUGCUCAGCCACACGGUGCCUGCCUGGCCAAGGAACUAAAAUGCAAUGGCAUCGAAAAUUGCCCCGGCGGCGAGGAUGAACGCCACUGCAACACUGGUGAUCGCAUAUUUAUCGACUAUGCUCCUCGCAAUUGCAGCCAAUAUGAAUAUAUGUGCCAGGAUCACAGCUGCAUACCGCUUGACUUUAUGUGUGACGGCAAACCGGACUGUGAAGAUAACUCAGAUGAAAAUGCCGGUUGCAAGCAAUCGGCUGCCAGCUGCUCCACUGGCCAUCUGUGCAACAAUGGUCGCUGUCUGCAGCGCAAGCAAUGGCAAUGCGAUGGCAUCGAUGACUGCGGCGACGGCAGCGAUGAACGUGAUUGCCCGAAUCUCUGCAAGCCAACGCUAGGCAAAUUCUUAUGCCGCAAUCGUGAGCUCUGCUUAAAUCUGUCCCAAGUGUGCGAUGGCCGAGCAGAUUGCUCGGAUGGCAGCGAUGAGAGCGAGAGCUGCCACGUGAAACCCGACUGCAACAGUACGAAAUGUGCGCCAGGUGCCAGCUGCCAAAUGAUGCCCACAACUGGACCCGAAUGCUAUUGUCCCGCUGGCUUUCGCAUGAUGACGUUGCAGCAGAAGUGCGAGGACAUUAAUGAGUGCGAUGAACACGAUGAUUUGUGCAGCCAGCGUUGCGAGAAUCAAUCGGGUGGCUUUAGCUGUGCCUGCGACGAUGGCUAUCAACUCGACCCCAGCAAUAACCGCACCUGUUAUGCCGUCGACAAGGAGAAUCGUGAGCCACUGCUGCUCUACACUACCCAAGUGUCGGUGGUGGGAAUGCGAUUGCAUCAGCAGCAAUCGAAGCUGCGUAAUCAUGUCUUCACCGUGGCCAGCAAUUUGAGUAAAGUGAUUGGCGUGGCCUACGAUGGCGAGCACGUGUAUUGGACAAACAUUCAGCACGAGGUGGAGAGCAUUGUGCGGGCUAGUACCGAUGGCUCCAAUGCCGAAAUACUGCUCACGUCUGGCCUCGAUGCUCCCGAGGAUUUGGCCGUCGAUUGGCUGACGGACAACAUUUACAUCUCGGACAAUGUGAUGCGACACAUUGCCGUCUGUUCGCCGGAUGCCGUCACCUGUGUCGUACUCGUCACCCAGGAUGUGCAUCAGCCGCGUGGUCUGGCCCUCUGGCCACAGCGUGGCCAAAUGUUCUGGACCGAUUGGGGCAGCAAGCCAAUGAUAGCGCGUGCCUCAAUGGACGGCACUCGCUCGCGACCCAUUGUCAGCGACAACAUCCAUUGGCCCAAUGGCAUUGCCCUGGACAUGCAUCAGGAGCGCGUCUAUUGGGUGGACGCAAAGCUGGGCACCAUUGAGACGGCUCGAACCGAUGGCACAGCGCGUCGCAUUGUGCUCGAUGGCAUGCUGAAGCAUCCGUAUGGCAUGGCCGUGUUCGAGGAUCAGUUGUAUUGGUCGGAUUGGGGCACCAAGAGCGUGCAUGCGUGCCACAAGUUCACCGGCAAAGGACAUCGCAUAUUGGCCCGAGAUCGCAACAUUUAUGCCGUCCACGUCUACCAUCCAUCGAAGCAGCCGCAGCUGCCGCAUGCCUGCGAAACGGCCCGUUGUUCGCAUCUCUGUCUGCUCGCCGAGAAGGAUGCCGGCGGCUACAGUUGCGCCUGUCCCGAGGGCAUGCAGUUGUCGCCCAUCGAUCAGCGAAGUUGUAGACAGGUGCAGAAGAAGCAACUUCUGUAUAUUGGACUGCGUUCGGUGCUGCUGGAGAUUGAGCACACGUCGUUUGGCCGGCAUGUGGUCAGUGCAUCGCAUGUGCUGCCGUGCUAUAUCAGUGAAUUGGUCUACAAUCCCAUCAACGGCACCAUCUUCAUUGCGGACAAUGUGCAGCGUGCCCUGCUGCUCUACGAUCCCCAUGAGUCGGGUCAACGAUUGGUCACGCUCAUCUACAGCAAUCUGGGCAACGUCAGCUCGCUGGCCUUCGAUCAUUUGGCCCACAAUCUGUACUGGACGGAUACCGAAAGGCAUGUGAUUGAGCUGCUCUCGCUGCAGACGGGACAACGGGCGCUGGUGCGUUUCUUUGCCGGCGAGGAGAUGCCCAUUGGGAUCAGCGUGAUGCCCGCCGAGGGUUACAUGUUUGUGGCGCUGAAGGCGCGUCGCCAUACGCACAUCGAUCACUUGGCAUUGAGUGGACUGGGCAGCCAGACGCAUGUCUUCGAGGAUGAUCUGGGCGAUGAUGACAUCAAGUUUGCCGUCGACUAUGAUUCCCACACCAUGUACUGGGCGGAUAGCGAUGUGAAUCGCAUCAGUUUCACCAACUACCGCCAGGCACAUCAGCAGACCUUCAGUGGCCGCUUUCGGCGACCUUAUUCGCUCGCUCUGGUUGGUCAGGAUCUGUUCUGGACCGAACUGGGCACUCCGGCCGUCAUGUGGACGCACAAGAGCAACAUGGGCACGCACAAACGCUUCGAGUUCGACACAGGCAAUCAGAGGAUUGCCUCUAUUCCUCCGCCACCCCGUCACAUUCCAUUGACAGCCAGUGUUCGCGUCCCUCUCGAGGCCAGAUCGCAUCCCUGCCAGCAGGCGAAUGGCGGCUGCUCGCAUGUGUGCGUCAGUGCUGGACAAUUUGGCAGUGCCUGCUUAUGCCCCGCUGGAUUCGUGUAUCGCGAUGUCCACAACCGCACUUGCAUCGAGGCUUUGGACUGCGAGUUCCGCUGUCGCACCUCCGGAGAAUGCCUGACGAUGGCGCAUCGCUGCAAUGGCCGCAAGGAUUGUGCCGACGCCUCGGACGAAGCCAACUGUGAGCUGGUCAAUGGUGGUGCCACCAAGACGCGCAUCAACAUCAAGUGUGCAAUCGAUGAGUUCACGUGCCACAAUGGCGAACAGUGCCUGGAGAAGAGCAAGCGUUGCAACGGACAAAAGGAAUGCAGCGAUGGCUCAGACGAGGAUCACUGCGCUCAGUUCGAUCGAACGAAGCUCUGUCAUGACCAUCAGCAUGCGUGCGACAACGGGAAAUGCGUGGACUACAGCCUGAUGUGCGAUGGCACCGACGACUGCGGCGACAACUCCGAUGAGCUGGCAGCGAGCUGUGCCCGACCCGCCAAGUGCGGUGCGGGCAUGUUCCAGUGCAGCACCGGCUCGUGCAUUGCCAGUGGCUGGGAGUGCGAUGGCAAGAUCGAUUGCAGCGAUGGUUCCGACGAGCAUGAGAAGUGCGGCAAGCGUCAGUGUCCGGAGAACAUGCAUCGCUGUCUUCUGGGACAGUGUAUCGAUCGUCAGCUGGUCUGCGAUGGUCACAACGAUUGCGGCGAUCGCAGCGAUGAGCUCAACUGCGGCCCCAAUGCGGGCGCGGGGGCAGCUGGGAUUAACAUCAGCUGUGGCAGCGUUGAGCAACCGAUGUACCAGUGUGCCAGCAAUCUGCAGCUCUGUUUGCCAACUGCGGUGCGUUGCAAUGGCACUGCCGAGUGUCCGCGGGGCGAGGAUGAAGCCGAUUGCGGUGACAUGUGCGGCAUCACAGAGUUCCAGUGUCGUGAGAGCAAGGAGUGCAUUCGCCUCGAGUUUCGCUGCGACAAGGAACGCGAUUGUCGCGACGGCAGCGAUGAAGCGCAAUGCGAUGCUUCAUCCACAGCAAAUGGCAAUGGCAAUGGAACGACGGCAAUGACGAGUGGACGACGUGCCUGUAAACCGCAUUUGUUUGACUGCCACGAUGGCGAGUGUGUGGACAUGUCGCGGGUGUGCGACAGCUUUGAGGACUGCGCAAAUGGCAGCGACGAGGGACCAAAGUGCAACAGCGCGUGCAGCAAACACAUUUGCCAGCACAUGUGUCGCGCCACGCCAGCGGGCGCGGUUUGCACCUGCCGCGAUGGCUAUCGCUUGGGCAUUGAUCAGCGCAGCUGCAUCGACAUUGAUGAGUGUGCUCCGCCAACGAACGGCAACGAACAAUCGCCGUGCGCCCAGAUUUGCGAGAAUACGCCGGGCAGCUAUCAGUGCCAGUGCUAUCCGGACUUUAUGCUCCGUCAGGAUCGCAGCAGUUGCAAGAGCAUCGACACACAGGACGGCGGACCCAGUUUCCUCUUCAGCAGCUAUGACGAGGUGCGCAAUCUGAGCGAACGUCACGCCAUGCUCUCGGUGGCGUGGUCAGCGAACGACACACGGAUCAGCGGUCUCGAUGUGGAUAUGCGACGGCAGCUGGGCUACUUUAGCAGUGAUGAGCAGCACGUUGUCUAUCAGCUGGAUAUGCGCGAUCGUCGACCACUCGCUGCGCUCUCGCUUAAUGCGCCCUCCAAACUGGCAGUGGAGUGGACAACUGGCAAUGUGUAUGUGAUCAGUGGCAAUGCUGCGCAACAGAUCAGCGUGUGCAGUUUUGCGGCAAAAAUGUGCGGACGUGUGCUGCAGCUGCCACAUGGACGCGGACACGCGACACUCAAGUCACUCGCCGUGGAUGGACAUCAUGCCCGGCUCUUCUAUGCUGUGAUGCGGCAAGAGAGCUUUGGCCAGCCCGAGACGGAGCUGUAUGUGGCCCGACUCGAUGGCAGUCGACGCGAGUUGCUGCUGCGCAAGGAGCGCAGUUAUGUAACCUCCAUUGCCAUUGAUCCGCACCAACAACUGCUCUACUUUGUCGAUCUGCACACGCGUACGCUGGAGGUGAUCAGUUACAAGGCGCGCGGAAAUCGUCAGUCACGCAUUCUGCUGCAGAAGAGCAAUGCAUUGAGACGACCAACUGGACUGAGCAUCUACGAGAAUCAUGCGUACAUUGUCAACAUGGGCGCCAACGAGCUGGUGCGCUGUCGUCUCUAUGGCCAGUUCACCGCCACUUCGAUUCCGUUGAGCGUAACGAAUGCCCAGGACAUUGUUGUCGCUGGACAAUCGCGACAGCCGGCAGCCCCAUCGAAUCCCUGCGAGCAUGCGCACUGCUCUGGCAUGUGUGUGCUCGCCGACUAUGGCUAUGAAUGCAUGUGCGGCAGUGAGAUUGUGUCCGAGUCGCAUCCGUGUCCACAUGGCACCACCAAUGAGCUGGAUAUCGAUGCCCUGAUCUCUGGAGAUCAAAGCGAGCAAAGCAACAGCAGCAGCAGUGGAAUCAUCUUUGCAUUUAUCUGCAUAAUAAUCCUAGGCAUACUCAUCGUAUUGGGCAUCGGGUACUAUCGGUAUCGGGCACGCGGCCAUCGUGAUCUCAACAUUACCCUGCAUUUCCAGAAUCCUCUGGCAACACACGGCGGCAAAGCGAUCACGGAAUCCGACGGUCCCAACGAAUUGGAUGGCGGCAACAACAGUCGACCACAAGCCGCAGAUGCCACAUUCUCGGCCAAGCGGAAAACCAUACAAUUUGAUGUCCUACAGAAAUUUAUGCGCCACAAAAACUCGCAAAACGUCGAACUGGCUACGGAAAUGUCGCUCGAAAACGCAAGAGCGAGCGAAUUACAAUCGCUGGUCAACGAACGGCGGGACACGAGAAUCCCAAAUAUCGUGGUGGCAGGCGCUGGCGAUGAUGUCGCCACGCCCGGAUUCUACGGCGGAGAUUUCGGAAGCGAUGAUGUGCAUGCACGACUUGUCCCAUAGAUAGAUGCUAUAGCAUCUCAUUAUUUAUUAUGUACAGAUUUAUUGCUAUUAUCUAUGUCUAUACUGCUUAUUUAUUUAUAUGUCAACGAGAAAGUGUCGUGUUGAGGCAAUUGCUGUUAUACAAUAUGUAGCAUACUUUUAGAGAUGCGCCGAAAUAUUUAUACAAUCAUAUGUAAUUAAAAUCGCAAUAAUUUAAGAGCAAAACUUGUAUUAUCGUUUGCGCAUCUCUAAAGUUAUAGCAAAUGAUUCACAAACGAGUCUUUUGCAAGCUGAUACCACUAAAAACUAACAAAAACGCAA